UUUUCCAUUAUUUUGUGCUUCUGUGCUGCUGUUGUUUGUUUUCUGACAGAUUUUUUUUUUUCAGCCUCUCUGUCUGCCUUUUUGUUGUUUUACUGUCACUCCUAGGAUCGAAAAAGAUCAAAGAAAGUCCGAUAGAUGUCUCCCGGCAUCUCGUACAACGGAGAAGCUUUAACGUCGUUUUUCAUGGGUUUAAGACCCAGAAACUAGGAGUUUCUCUCCCGGUGUUGGUGAUCGUUGGCUCAUAUUGACAUCGGACGAUGCCUUGUGUGACUCCUGAUCCGUCCGACAAAGAUGCGGAGCCUUUCGUGGAGGUGGAUCCCACGGGACGAUACGGUCGGUAUAGCGAUCUGCUUGGUGCUGGCGCGGUGAAAAAGGUCUAUCGCGCGUUCGAUCAAGAGGAAGGAAUCGAGGUGGCAUGGAACCAGGUCCGACUGAGGAAUUUCAUCGAGGAUGCUUCGGUUAUAGAUCGCCUUUUUUCGGAGGUUCGUUUGCUCAGGACUUUGAAGAACAACAACAUCAUUAUGCUGUACAAUGUGUGGAUGGACGAGGAGCAGAACACGUUGAAUUUCAUUACAGAGGUCUGUACGUCGGGUAAUCUGAGAGAAUAUCGAAAGAAGCAUCGCCAUGUGUCGAUGAAGGCCCUAAAGAAGUGGUCCAAGCAGAUUCUCAAGGGUCUGGAGUAUCUCCACACUCACGAACCUUGCGUCAUCCACAGAGAUCUGAAUUGCAGCAAUGUCUUCAUCAACGGGAACAUUGGACAGGUGAAGAUUGGAGAUCUGGGAUUAGCAACGAUAGUGGGGAAGAGCCAUGCGGCCCACUCAGUGCUGGGGACACCGGAGUUUAUGGCACCGGAGCUGUACGAGGAGGAGUACACUGAGUUGGUGGAUAUAUACUCGUUCGGUAUGUGCGUGCUGGAAAUGGUGACGCUAGAGAUACCAUACAGCGAGUGCGACAGCGUCGUGAAGAUAUACAAGAAGGUUACAGCCGGGGUGAAACCUCAGGCCCUGAACAAGGUCAAGGACUCAGAAGUCAGGGCGUUCAUAGAGAAGUGUCUGGCCAAGUCGGAGAACAGACCAUCUGCCUCGGACCUCCUUAAGGAUCCUUUGUUCUACGGUAUCGACGAUGAUGACGAGGUGAUUGACGAAAAAUAAAUUCUUUGUUAUCGUCGUAAUCAGCUGCAGCAGCAUCUUUUGAAGUGAAGAAGCGGAGAAUUGACAGGCUAUUGUUUUGUUCUUUUAUUGUUUCUUUGCUGUUUGAUUUCUCCUCUUUUAAUUUUGAUACGGAGAGGAAUAGAUACAAGUAGCUAGGUGGAUUGAGGGAUAUUUUCUACCAUCUUUUUCCUUCAACAUUUUUUGUUUUGCCUUGUUCCCCCCUCCAUGUUUGUCGCGGGGGAGUUGCUUGGCCUUGUCGGGUGGGUUAAAGUAGGGUGGAGAGGGGAAUGCGGAUUCGAGGUGGUCGUUUUUCAUUUUUUCUUUGCUUUAUUGCACAUCUCUUUGUACAGUUUGAAAAAUAUCUGUGUAUAUAGAGGCUUAGUGCUUUCUUCAAUUGAAGCAGUAGUGCCAAUACAUUACUAAAAGGUGUUAGGUGAGACUAUGAAGUGGGUUAGUGAAGGUGUAUUCAUGGUGACGGAUACCGAUCCUUGGUUAGAAAGCCAUACUUUUGGUCA